CCGCGUCCGCGCUCAGCCCCGGCCCCAGGGCUCGCGGAGAGAAGGUCUCUUCCUGGGUACGAGGCGGCUGUCCACGUUGGAGGCACGUCUUGUGCUUACUCCGUUCUCGGACAGAAGAUCCACAGCGGACUCCACGGGGCCGGGAGCCGGGCCUCCAGGAGAGACCCGCCAUGGGCCCCCCACAGCCUCAGCACUUGGGGGCAGCACCUUAGGAGAACGAGGAGCUGCCUCCGUCCACCCCUUACCCUGAGAAGGCGGAGACUGCACAGUGGACCCGCAGCCUGCCCCUGGCCCCAGCUGGGCAUGGACCAGCACCUGUGACCUGCCGGAGCUGAUGCCGGGCCCACAGGGGGCCGGAGGAGCCCCCAUCAUGAGCCUGGGCAAGCUCUCACCCGUGGGCUGGGUGUCCAGCUCUCACGGGAAGAGGCGGCUCACUGCAGACAUGAUCAGCCCCCCACUCGGGGACUUCCGACACACCAUGCACGUGGGCCGCGGCGGGGAUGUCUUUGGAGACACCUCCUUCCUCAGCAACCACGGCGGCAGCUCCGGGGGCACCCACCGCUCACCCCGCAGCUUCCUGGCCAAGAAGCUGCAGCAGGUGCGCAGAGUCGGGGCGCCGACCCGGCGGCUAGCUUCCCCGCCGUCAGCCUCGCCUGCUCCCCCCGCCGUCUCCCCCAUCAUCAAGAACGCCAUCUCCCUGCCACAGCUCAACCAGGCCGCCUACGACAGCCUGGUGGUGAGCAAGCUCAGCUUCAGCAGCAGCCCUGCCCGCUCCACGGACGACCACUCCAGUUAUGGCCUGGACUCUGGGUUCUGCACCAUCUCCCGCGUGCCUCGCCCAGAAAAGCCUUGUGAUCGAGAUCGAGACCGUGACCGUGACCGUGACCGUGACAGUUCCUUCCCCUCUGAACCUGAGCUUCGCCGCUCUGACUCCCUUCUGUCCUUCCGCCUGGACCUCGACCUUGGGCCCUCUCUCCUCAGUGAGUUGCUGGGGGUCAUGAGCCUCUCAGAAGCCUCUGCAGCUGAGACCCCAGCCCCAGCCCCUGCUACAAACCCCCCAAUCCCUGCCUCAAGCCCUCCACCCCGUGGACGCUGCCCCAAUGGGGUAACCGCUGGGUUGGGCCCAGUGGCUGAAGCAAGGGGCAGCCUGGUGGGAGAGUGUCCCCGUGCACCUGCUGACAUGGCUCCCGGCAGGCACUGGGGAGCAGGCUGGAGUGGCAGCCGGGGCAGCCGCCACUACACUGAGAUGGAUGCUCGGCACGAGCUGGUGAAGGUGCUGCCCCAGGGUCGGGCCUCGUGGGAGAGCCUGGAUGAAGAGUGGGGGGCACCCCAGGCAGGCAAUAGGGCCCCUGUGCCCACCACGGUGCAAGCAAACACCUUCGAGUUUGCCGAUGCUGAGGAGGAUGACGAGGUCAAGGUGUGAACCCUGCCCAGCCUCAGGCCACUGCCCAUGAAGAGCCCCGGUGCAGACCCAGCCCCUCACCUGACAGCUGGGUCCUGCUGCCGAUAGUGGGAGAACCGAAGUUGCCCCCAAACCCUCCUCGCCUCUGCCGGACAGACAUGGGAGGAAGGCCAGGCUUGUUCUGGGACCUGGGUGUUUCUGAGGGCCCUGCUGGGCUGACCCGCUUCCCCCUACUGCCACUCUGGGCCCACUGGUUGGAGGGCCCAGCCUUACAGUGCCUCCUUUGUGCUGGGGAAGCUGUCCUUGCCGGGUGGGGGAGGGAGCAUACAAGGCCUUUGUCUCCUCCCAAAGGGACCGCCUGCCCCAGCUCAUCCUGGAGCUGCCCCCAGCAGGGUCCUGCUGCGUCCCUGAGCCCCAGCCCUCGCUAAGGCUGUUUCCCCAACAUUCCCACCCCAGCCCCCACUUGUCCCAGAAGCCUCAAGGUAAAAUCAGGUGUGACCUCCCACCUUCCUGUGCA